AUGAAACCACGCGCGGAUGCAGUGGUGAAAGCGAUUAAAGAGGCCCAGGAAGCCAAGACGAACGGCUACAAGCAGGCGUUGCUGGAGAUUCGUGGUGGCCGGAAGUCGAGCCAUUGGAUUUGGUACGUGUGGCCCUCUUUGGCCUCUGUGCGAAAGACCACCCGGCCGCAGUACUCGUUGCGUGAUGUCCGCGAUGCGAAAGCUUUGAUCAGAGACCCUUUGCUCCGGGAGCGAUUGAAGGAGAUCACUGGGGUGGCUGAAAGACACCUCGCCAGUGGUACGAAGCCAGAGAUUCUCUUUGGCUCUCGGGUCGAUGUGGAGAAGUUCCAUGAAUGUGCCACCUGCUUUGCCCUGGUGGCACUGAAGGUGAGGGACCUGGAGCUGGCGCAGGUCAUGAUUGAUGCCUUAGUCGCGCUUCACGGAGGUGCCUUGGAGCCAACGACCGUGAAGUAUCUCACUGAGGAGGGCGACCUGGCAGAGUUCGCCAAGGUGGGCUCCGCGGAGGACUUGCGGAAGCUCCUGGAAGCUCCGGCCGAAGCGCAUCCCGUUGACACGGAGACGCGCGUCCCGUCGACGCCUCCCGCGACGAGUCCCGCGAGUCCGGCGGUGCACGCCGCGGACGUGGACAUGACGCGCGAAGCAGAGUGCGAAGUGGAGCAAGGCCGUGAAGCGGAGUGA